UGUGUUACAGGACGCUAGCACAAGUUUCAUGCUUUUGUGUGGUAUCAGGGCCUUAACUACACGCCAGAGUAGACGAAAUCUUCCACAGUAUCAGAGCAAAUGCACGAAUGUGUUGAAGGUCUCUGAAGGACUUCCUGAAUUCAAGCAAUCAAUUUGUGUCCAUUUUGUGAUCACUCAAAAAGCCGGCGGAGGCGAGAGCGCUUGAGAUAAAGGCCAGGAAAAUGCGGCGUCUCCUGGCGCCCUUGUUGCUUCACCUCGCGACAGCGGCCGACACGUCGACGGCGGAACGCAUCCGCUCCGGCCAAACGUCGAGCUUCGAGGAGGUCUCGCGCCGCCUCGCGCGCGCGUUCCGCCACGACGACGACCUGCGGGCAUACGUCUCGAUCUUCGGCGCCGAGGCGUUGCGCGCGGCCGCGGCGCGGUGGACGCGCGCGUUCGGAGACCUCGACGCGGUGCUCCUGCCGGUCUGGGGCCGGCCGGCGCCGCUGGCCGCGGAGAUCCCGGAGAUCGUCACGACGUCCACACUGUUUGCCGAGGCCGUGCGAUACAUGGUCCCGUUCAACUACGCCGACCUCCCGCUCGUCGUCGUCCCCGCCGCGGUCUCGCGCUGUCGCGGCGGCGGCGCGUGUCCCUACGCGCUCCGGCCGCGGGCGUUCCAGCUCGUGGGCCGAAACGAAUCGAUCCUCCUGCGACUCGCGGCGGCCUACGAGCUGGAACGCGGCGAGCUCGAGUUCCCGCUCGACCCUAAGUCGUCGGACGCCGGUGCGGCGACUUUGCUAUUUGGCGGCGCCUUGCUGACGCUCACGGCGGUGGUCGCGGGGGCAUUCUUCUUGGUACUGGUCUAGUUCGUAUGUAAACGCUAGUGGUUUAAGACACUAGCAAGCCAAAAAAAGCACAAGCGCGUGCUUUGGAAGACCUGCUGUCCUACACAGGCGUUGGAUUCUAGAAACGAGCAGCAAUUUCAGUAGACCGACGCUGCGCCCCGCGAUAGACGCUUAGACGCUGCCACCAAAAAAAAGCCCUCUCAGGCUAUCGGAGAGCGACCCAGGGGUUACGUUACGCGACGCGCGACGGAAAAAAAUGGACGACUUCCUCACGUCCAGUUCCAUGGACAAACACAACGAGCAGCUGCUGGCGGGCCUCUCCGCGCCCGUCGCGCCGGCGAAGAAGCCCGCGAUGAUGGCGCCGCCCAUGGCGCCGCCGCCGCAGCAGCCGUACGGCAUGCAGCAACCCUACGGCUACGGCGCGCCCGCGGCCUACGGCGCGCCGCCGCCGCAGCCCUACGGCAUGCCGGCCGCGCCGCCGCCGGCCGCGCCGGCGCCCGUCUGGCCGCCCGCGGGGGCGAGCCAGGUGCCCCAGGCCGGGCCGACGUACACGUCCUACCAGAAACCGACGGCGCCGCCGCCCGCCGCGCCGGCGGAUAACAGCGGCUCCAUGGGCUACGCCGCGCCGGCGCAGGCGCCGAGCCAGGCGGGCGGCGACAUGCUCGGCGGCUACGACGACGACUUCUUCUCGGUCGGCGGCUCCGCGUCCCAGGCGUCCCAGCCGUCGCAGCCGGCGCGACGGGGGUCCGCCAUGUCCGUGGCCUCCGAGUACACCGAGGACGGCGGCAACGAGCAGCUGACGCUGCAGCAGCCGGAGUCGUCAACGACGGGGUCGCUGCCGACAUACACCGUGACCUUCGACCGCGAGGCCAAGCUCGGCAUGCUGCUGGAGCGGCGCGCGGCCUUCGCGCCGGGCGCGACGGCCGCGCAGAAGAAGGCGCGGCCCGAGCAGACCGUCGUGACCAUGGUCAUCGAGGGCGGCGCGGCCGCGCAGAAGGGCGUCGCCGUCGGGUCAAGGCUGCUCCUCAUCAACGGCCAGGACGCGACGGCCCUGCCCUACGCGCGGUGCCUCGAGCUCGUCAAGUCGCUGCCGCGGCCACUCCAUUUAGUGUUCGAGAAGUCCAUGGCGGCCUGCGACUCGGCCAAGGGCUGGGUGCUCGUGAAAAAGUCCGCGGGGUCGGGCCCGCCGUCGUCGAUGGCCGGCUGGCAGCGCAUGUUCUUCGUCGUCGGCGGCGCGGUCGCGAAGCGCCACGUGCUCCAGCUGUACUCCUCGAAGGCGCAGUACGAGGACAUCGUCGUGCGCAUGUUCCAGGGCCAGCCGCUGACGGGCAUGAAGUACAAGGCCUACGCCUUGUCGGGCACGUUCAAGUGCUCGGCGAUCCAGUCCAAGGCAGUGCAUAAAUCAAACCGUCGCGCGCGUCUCCGCCAAUGCACGCCAUCGACGCGACGCCAGCUCGAUGGCGUGGCGGUGCGGUCUCUCUCCGUUCGAUUCAUCCUGCGCGACCACGAUCUCGUCGAGACUCACUGGUUGCUUUGUGCACAGGUCCAAGGUAUACAAGGGCGAGCACCAGCCGGUCAAGUACUUCGCGCUGCGGAACCCCUACUCGCGGACGAAGACGAUGAAGUUCGCCUCGCAGAACCCGUCCAUCGUCGCCGCGCUCCACAACCACGUCAUGCGCUUCGCGACGAAGGGCUAG